AGUCUGACAGAGCAGAUCCUGUGAGAGCGAGAGGAACAGAGAAGGGACACUGACCUUUAAGACAAACUCUCUACCUGUGAAUCACUUCCUGAGCAACACAUUAACAAGUCUCUGGACUUUUCUGUUGGAUUACAAAACCAGGAUUUCUCCCACAUCUUAAGACUGAUCAUGAGGCCCGUCUGCUUGACUGUGGCAGUGCUGCUCCUAGUGGUGGGAGAGGGAACUGCAGACAGAAUCCUGUCCAGAAGAAUUAAGAGGGAGCUUGCCAGUCCUCUUCAUGUUGGUGGCAUCAGGGACCCAUUUGGCUCGUACUGCCAGAGGCGAGGAGGCUGCUGUCCUGGCAGAGAUGACCAGUGCACAGUACCUUACCUGGACACAAUCUGCUACUGUGACCUGUUCUGCAACCGCACCGUGUCAGACUGCUGCCCUGACUUCUGGGGUCAUUGUCUGGGUGUUCAGCCACCCUACAUUGGCGUCUGUGAAAGAAAUGGGAACAGAUUCUUUACAGGGCAAACAUACAAAGAGAACUGCAAUUUAUGCACAUGCGGGUCCACGGGGCGCUGGGAAUGUGAACAAAACGCUUGUCUGAUUGAGGCUGACAUUAUCCAUGCUGUCAACAGAGGGAACUAUGGGUGGAAAGCAGCUAACUACAGUCAGUUCUACGGCAUGUCUUUGGAUGAGGGCAUUCGCUACCGCCUGGGCACACAGAGACCCUCCAGAACAAUUAUGAACAUGAAUGAGAUACAGAUGAACAUUGAUCCUCAGAAUGAUCGCCUGCCACUCUACUUUAACUCAGCAGAGAAGUGGCCUGGGAAGAUUCAUGAACCGCUGGAUCAGGGCAACUGUGCUGCUUCCUGGGCUUUCUCAACUGCAGCUGUGGCAUCAGACAGAAUAUCCAUCCAAUCCAUGGGUCACAUGACUCCUCAGCUGUCCCCCCAAAAUCUUAUCUCCUGUGACACACGCAACCAGGGAGGCUGUGCUGGAGGACGCUUAGAUGGAGCCUGGUGGUAUCUCCGACGUCGUGGAGUUGUGACGGAGGACUGUUACCCAUAUCAGCCUCCACAGCAAACACCAGCUGAAUUGGGUCGCUGCAUGAUGCAGAGUCGCUCAGUUGGUCGGGGGAAAAGACAAGCCACACAGCGCUGCCCCAAUGCAUACAACCAGCACAAUGACAUCUACCAGUCUACUCCGCCUUACAGGCUCUCGUCUAAUGAAAAGGAGAUUAUGAAGGAGAUCAUGGAUAAUGGCCCCGUGCAAGCUAUUAUGGAGGUCCACGAGGACUUCUUUGUCUAUAAGAAUGGGAUCUACAAACACACUGACGUCAGCUUCACCAAAUCACCGCAAUACCGCAAACAUGGCACACACUCAGUCCGGAUCACAGGGUGGGGAGAAGGGAGAGACUAUAACGGGAUAACAAGAAAAUAUUGGAUUGCUGCCAACUCCUGGGGAAAAAACUGGGGGGAGAACGGCUACUUUCGAAUCGCUCGUGGGGACAAUGAGUGUGAGAUUGAAGCGUUUGUGAUUGGCGUGUGGGGCAGAAUCACAAUGGAGGACAUGCACAAUCAUCAUCACCACCAUCGCCGCCGACAAAUUUAAAGACACUGCAGAUGUUAAAAACCCCAUUGUGACCUUUGGUUUUGUCCCAACUUUGGUUGUUUUUUUUUAAACACAGAAGACAAACACACCAAGCGUCUCACCACAUCCCCUCACCAUCAAGCUGCCUGGGAUGGCCACAAAGUCAACCCCUCUCAUUUUACAUCUCCCUUAAUUCUGGGUAUCUAUGCAAACCUCUUUCACAAUCAACUUCUCCACAACCUUGUUUUCCUAAUAACUUAAAGUUAUUAGGAACUUAACUCUGCCUUGUAAUCAGGCACCUCAGGUACCAACUGCUCCAAAGACCUCCCAAAAUCCUCAGAAUGAUAUCUGAUGAAACAUAGAAAAGAUGAGUGAUGAUGGAGCGAGAAUCUCAUUCUGACCCUUUCAUUCUUUAGUCUUUGCUUGCUCUAAAUCUAUAAUCCAGAGGGACCCGUGCACCAGAUGGAAAGCUUGGAAACACUGAAAUCCAAGAGCCAGAUUAUUAGACAUCAAACCCUUCCAGAGAGACACACCCUGUUUAACGUUGUAACCUGAUCAUUUAUCAUAGAUGACCUUACUGACAUUUAUCUGACAUCUUAACAAAGACACUGUUUCACCUGCUCCUCUCAGCUUAGAGAGGACCCUUGUAGAGUUUCUCAAAACAUUCCUGAAAAUAACUUGUUAGACUUAUAUGAGACUGGAAACAUGGAAGUUGUUUGGUGCAAAGUUUAAGAUUAGAAAAAGAUUUAAAAUUAGUUUCAGUGCUAUCAGACAUUUUAAAUUGUGGCCUUUAUUUAACAUGUUUGUGCUGGAGCAGACACUGUCAGCAGAUGUAAUAACAUUAGUCACUCGCAAAUCAUUUGUUGUUGGCUGCAGGUAAGAAAAUCAUAAAGACGUCGUCACAAGCAAUGACAAGAUCCGAAAUCAAAGCCAUGCUGCCCUUCCUGAACCCAACAUUUAACACGGACACACCGAUGUGUUCAAAAGGUUGAAAAGAUUUUAGUUCUUUAAAGAAACAGAUCUGACCACUGUAAAAGAAAGUAUGUAUAGCAGUCUUAAUUUACUCUGUUCUGUGUAUACUGUUACAAUUUGAGCUGAAAAUGUUGUUUUUUUUUGUUGUUUUAUUUUAAAGUUAUAUUUUACUAUGUGUUUUAAGACAGACUAUUUGUAGAAAGAUUCAUAUCACACUCUGUUGCCUUUCAGCUUUGCAUUCUGGUUUUAACACAGUGAAAAGGAAGAGAGGGAGGAUAUGCAGCAAAAGUUCAGUCUGUGCCACAAUAUUUGUCUUUAUGCAUUUUAUAUCGAACAUAUGAAAACUUCUAACACAUACUCGAGUCCCACAGACUGCAUAUGAGCUGCAUUUAUGUUUUCUUUUUUGUUGUUUCUUUAAAAAAAAUCUUUUGAACAUGUUCCUCAAGCCCACUGCAGAUCUUUGCUAGAUUAUCGCAGUGCUUUUAGAUGUCCGUGCUUCCAUGUCUGCGUUUCAGCUGAGCCUGACUUGAAAAGGAAAGCUCAGUGUGUUAUUACCCUGUAUCUUAGAUUACACCCUGGCCUGCUUCAGCUAUGACUUCAAAAGGAUUUUUCAUUUUUCUGUCAUCGUGUCUUGUGAUCUUUAAGGUCUUUCUACCGUUUCCUUCAGGCGUGACUAGGUAGACAGAUAUAAAAGCAAAAUGAAAUGUCUGGAUGGACAAGCAAUGUGCAAUGUAGUUAGCAGAAGCUAGAGAUUACUGUAGCAUGUCUCUCAUGCAAUGUUCUCAAUCUUCGCUUUCAUUCAUGAAGUAAACAAAGGCAGGAAUGAAUCCAGAGUCCUUCAACAUGGGCUGCACAAAAGGUUUACAGUUAUUAACAAAACAAUGAACAAUGUGAAACUGAACUCCUUCUCCUGAAGAGAGAUGCAGACUACUGUCAGUUUGCUCUUAAGGGAAAGGAAAUGCUUUGCAUCUUUAUUUUCAGGCUGUCAUAGCUUCUUUGCUACAAAGAAGAUUAACGGAAAAGACAUUUGUUGUUUUACAUGAGUGUGUUUAAGUCAUCACUGCUACUGGUGAAUAACAGGUUACUGAGCUAAUGUAGAAGCAAAAACAGCAGAAAAGACCUGGAAGGGAAACAGAAAGACUUGACCAAAGCUGUCAUUUUUUUCCUGACAUCUUAUUCUGAAAGCACACAUUUUGCUCAUAUGAGUUGUUUAGGUUCAUUAUUAGCGUUGUCUAAAAUAACUUCUAGCAUUCACAAGUUGUUAAAGGAGAUCUAGUCUGAUAAUACUCAGAUAAAGUCUUAGACAGAACCAAUUCUACCUGUUUUACUAGGGACGCUCUUUAAAUAUUUUUGUUGAACCAAAAAGUUUUCUCUGACUACACAACCCAGACCCCCCUCAGGAGCUGCAGCAGACAUCCACUCAUAAGUGUGUAUCAAGUGUAAAAUGAACCAUUUAAUAUUCACUCAUGUGUAGGCUUUUAUUUAUGACAAGAUGUGUAAAUUAUAUACUUUAUUCUUUGUUGUCCUGUGCAAUGUUUCAUUAUCUCUGUCUCUUGUACUGCGUGCACUAAAUGCAAAACCACAUUAGUGUUCACUCACACAAUAAAGUCUUUCCAAAACCA